GGGACCUUUAUAGGGAGCGCCGGCCGCGCGCUGGGAAGUCGGUGCCGCUGCCGUCUCUGCGUUCGCCAUGCGUCCCGGGACGCCAGGGCCAUUCUGGCCUCUGCCCUGGGGGGCCCUGGCUUGGGCCGUGGGCUUCGUGGGCUCCAUGGGCUCGGGGGACCCCGCGCCCGGUGGUGUUUGUUGGCUCCAGCAGGGCCAGGAGGCCACCUGCAGCCUGGUGCUCCGGACUAACGUCACCCGGGCCGAGUGCUGUGCCUCCGGCAACAUUGACACCGCCUGGUCCAACCUCACUCACCCGGGGAACAAGAUCAACCUCCUUGGCUUCUUGGGCCUUGUCCACUGCCUUCCCUGCAAAGAUUCGUGCGACGGCGUGGAGUGCGGCCCGGGCAAGGAGUGCCGCAUGCUGGGGGGCCGCCCGCGCUGCGAGUGCGCGCCCAACUGCUCUGGGCUCCCGGCGCGGCUGCAGGUCUGCGGCUCAGACGGCGCCACCUACCGCGACGAGUGCGAGCUGCGAGCCGUGCGCUGCCGCGGCCACCCGGACCUGCGCGUCAUGUACCAGGGCCGCUGCCGCAGGUCCUGUGAGCGCGUGGUGUGCCCGCAGCCACAGUCGUGCGUCGUGGACCAGACGGGCAGCGCCCACUGCGUGGUGUGUCGGGCGGCACCCUGCCCUGUGCCCUCCAGCCCCGGCCAGGAGCUUUGCGGCAACAACAACAUCACCUACAUCUCCUUGUGCCACCUGCGCCAGGCCACCUGCUUCCUGGGCCGCUCCAUCGGUGUGCGCCACGCGGGCAGCUGCGCAGGCACCCCUGAGGAGCCGCCAGAUGGUGAGUCGGAGGAAGAGGAAGAGAACUUCGUGUGAGCCUGCAGGACAGGCCUGGGCCUGGUGCCCGAGGCCGCCCCCCACCCCGUUAUUUAUUGCCACAGCAGAGUCUAAUUUAUAUCCCACGGACAUUCCCUAGGGCCUGGAUUCGGACCACUUGGGGAUCCCAGAACCCCCCUAACGAUAUCCUGGAAGGACUGAGGAAGGGAGGCCUGGGGGCUGGCUGGUGGGUGGGAUAGGCUGCAUUCCGGACACUGAGCGCCUGAUUUAGGGCCCUUCUCUAAGAAGCCCCAGCCCCUACCCUAAGACCUAUUGCUGGGGAGGACGCCACACUUCUGCUCCUUUGGGGAUAAACCUGUUAAUUAUUGCUACCAUUAAGACGGCUGGGCAUUCCCUGUUGGUAAUUCCUGAAGAGGCAUGACUGCUUUUCUCAGCCCCAAGCGUCCUAGAACAGGGGCCUUGGGCUCAGGCCAGGAGGAGCAGAGGAGGUCUAGCCUGGGUGUGUACGGAGGGUCUAGCCUGGGUGAAUACAGAGGGUCUAGCCUGGGUGUGCACGGAGGGUCUAGCCUGGGUGUGCACGGAGGGUCUAGCCUGGGUGAAUACAGAGGGUCUAGCCUGGGUGUGUACGGAGGGUCUAGCCUGGGUGAGUACGGAGGGUCUAGCCUGGGUGAGUACGGAGGGUCUAGCCUGGGUGUGCACGGAGGGUCUAGCCUGGGUGAGUACGGAGGGUCUAGCCUGGGUGUGCACGGAGGGUCUAGCCUGGGUGUGCACGGAGGGUCUAGCCUGGGUGUGUACGGAGGGUCUAGCCUGGGUGAAUGCACGGAGGGUCUAGCCUGGGUGUGCACGGAGGGUCUAGUCUGAGUGCGUGUGGGGACCUCAGAACACUGACUUCAGUCCAGCAAGCCAGGCCCUUCAUGAAGGCCAAGAAGGCUGCCACUGUUCCCUGCCAGCCCAAGAACUCCAGCUUCCCCACUGCCUCUGUAUGCCCCUUCCCGUCCUGCGAAGGCCAUUGAGAAAUGCCCAGUGUGACCCAUGGGAAAGGGCACGGCCUGUCCUCCUGACACGGGCAGUGCUCAGCCACAGAACGGCCCAGCGCCUCCCCUGCUGCCGUCCACGUCAGUUCAUGAGGCGCCAUCACAUGGUCUCAGACAUGGAGCAGCCAGCGGCAGCUCAGAGCAGGGCACUGUGUCCAGCGGAGCCCAGUCCAUGUUGGGGGGACUCCGGCAGGGACCACGGACCCCCGCCCACCCACUGGCCCCGAGGGGGGUGUAGACGCCAAGACUCACAUGUGUGGCAUCUGGAGUCCUGGAGCUGGGUGUCCCAGUGGCACCACUAGGUGCCUGCUGCCUCCACAGUAGAAUUCACACCCAGGGCUCCUCGGUCCCCCCUACAUAUAGCCCGCCCCGGCUACAUGCCAGACCUGCCUCACCCACCAGCACAGCCGGAGCUGGCGACACCAGCCAGGUGCUGGUCUUGGGCCAGUUUUCCUCCCCUCCAUCUGGGUUGUCGCUCAGAAUUGCCUACCUGUGCCUGCGUGUAAACCAGAGCCUCAGACCAGCUAUGGGGAGGGGACAACGUAGAGGAAAUCCAGCUUCCCCGGUCUGGGGUGAGGAGUGCCGGGAGCUUGGGCAUCCUCCUCCAGCCUCCUCCAGCCCUCAGGCAGUGCCUUACCUGUGGUGCCCAGAAAAGUGCCCCUCGGCUGGUGGGUCUACGGGAGCCUCAACCAGGCAGCCCUCCCCACCCUGGGGCCCUGCCUCACCAAAGAAAUAAAGACUCAAAGAAGCCAU